AUGCUCAGGACCUCGCUGCGGCCGUGGCACCGCCCGGCGUGCUGGCUGCGACCGUACUCGACCCUCCCAUCGCUCGAUCCGGCACUCGCACCGACACCAGACCCCGCCGAGCGCAAGGCAAAGGCCAAGGCAGACUGGAAGCGCCGCGCACAGGGCUCCAACUUUGUCGACACGCUCAGGGUGACGGUGGCGUCGGGAAAGGGAGGGUCUGGCGGGGUCGCGUUUCAUCGCGAAAAGUUCGUGCGCCGCGGACCCCCGGCAGGCGGGAACGGCGGUGUUGGCGGGUCCGUCUACCUCGUCGCCAGCCCAAGCGUCUCGAACCUCUCGCAUCUCGGACGGACGGUCAGAGCUGGCCCAGGAGGAGCAGGGCGAGGAUCCUGGCUAGGAGGUGCGCGAGGCGAGGACGCCAUCAUCCGCGUACCGGUCGGGACUGUCGUACGCGAGAUCCGCCAGAAGUCGACGGACGAGGAGGUGCUCGAACAAGAGAAGGAAGAGCGGAAGGAGCUCGAGUGGGCUUACGAGGCGAACAGGAUAAGGAUGGAAGAGGCGCAGGCGCGCGAGAUCCGCUGGCAGAAGUGGAAGAAGCGGCGGGACCAGGCGGAGAAGUUUGGAGACCCGGACGAUGUCGAGGCGUGGGAGGAGCUCGACGAGGAGCCUAUUGCUCAGCACAAACUCGACGCACUCGUUAAGCUCCGCAAGGCGCUUUUCGUUAUGUACCCCGGCGCCGAACUCGACGGCCAUCCGGGCUUCCUCCGCACAGAGCACCAGCUCCUCUCGAAGAUGCUCUCGCGCGAAAUUGACAUGCCGGCGAGUCGCGUCAAGGGCCGCUUCCGUCGCAAUCGCGCAUGGGACGAGGAGGAAGAUGAUGCGCCUCUUUACCUCGACCUCGUCAAGCCCACGCCGAUUGACGACCCCAUCCUGCUCGUGCCGGGAGGCCAGCCAGGUCUCGGCAACCCCUCCUUCUUAACCCACGAAGACCGCUCGCCGAAGUAUGCGACUCGAGGAGGCGAAGGAGACCGGGUGAUCUUCGAGUUGGAGGUCAAGUCAAUCGGCGAGGUUGGUCUCGUUGGGUUGCCCAACGCCGGCAAGAGCACCCUUCUCCGUUCCCUCACCUCGUCGGCCCCUCGCGUAGCCUCGUACGCCUUCACCACCCUCAAUCCUCAUCACGGCACCUGCAUCAUCUGGUCCGACGGCACCUUCUCCGGCCCUCGCGCGGCCCCUCACUCCUCAGACGAAGCCGAGAUCAGCGACACCCCUUCGACUCCUCUGUACUUCUCCGCCGAGAAGCAGCACGCCUCGCGCGCCGAGCGGCGGAAACACCUGCCCGCCGAUUUCCCUCGACGAGGGGAUUCUGAGCGCUCGGAAGUCCUGCGGUUCACGAUGACCGAUAACCCUGGCUUGGUCAAAGACUCGUCUCUCAACGUCGGGCUCGGACACGCCUUCCUGCGACACAUCGAGCGCUGCUCGGCACUCGUCUACGUCGUCGACCUUUCCUCCCCCGACCCUUGCGGCGCUAUUCGUAGUCUCCGCAAGGAGCUGCGAGAGUAUGCCCGGAUGAAGGAGAUGAGGGAGGGCGAGCUGGAAGGCCGGAUCCGAGGUGUCGUCGCCAACAAGGCGGACUUGUUUGGGCCUGCUGAGGCAGAGGAGCAGGUUGAGAUGGAUGCGGGAGAGGCGGAUGUUGAUCCUGCUGCGCUCGAAGAGGCCAGGCGCAAGUCGGCCGAGGACGGGCGGAGGAAGCUUGUCGAGUUGAUGGAGUAUGUGCGCGGGGUGGAGAAGGAGGAGAUGGAGGCGGGCAUCAGGAGUCCCGAGGACCCGAUCUGGGUCGUCCCCAUCAGCGCGAAGAAGAGGCAGAACGUCCCGGCGCUGGUGAACAAGCUCGCCGAGACGGUCAAGAAGGAGCGGGCUCGGGCGGCGGAGCAGGCCAAGGCGGCUGAGGAGGCUGAAGCAGGAGAGGAAAAGUACGAGGAGGACGACUAG